AUGGGUAUCUCACGCGACUCUCGUCACAAGCGCUCGGCUACCGGCGCGAAGAGGGCCACCUACCGCAAGAAGAGGGCGUUCGAGAAGGGUCGCCAGCCCUCCAACACCCGUAUCGGAACCAAGAGAAUCCACCUGGUCCGCACCCGUGGUGGUAACCAGAAGUUCCGUGCCCUUCGUCUCGAAUCCGGCAACUUCUCGUGGGGUUCUGAGGGUAUCUCCCGCAAGACCCGUGUCAUCGUUGUUGCCUACCACCCCUCCAACAACGAGCUCGUCCGCACCAACACCCUGACCAAGUCGGCCGUCGUUCAGAUCGAUGCUGCUCCUUUCCGUCAAUGGUACGAGGCUCACUACGGCCAGCCCAUCGGCCGUCGUCGCCAGCAGAAGACCGAGACCACCGAGGAGAAGAAGUCCAACAGCGUUGUGAAGAAGCAGGCUGCUCGCUUUGCUGAGCAGGGCAAGGUCGAGUCUGCUGUUGAGCGUCAGUUCGAGUCCGGUCGUCUGUACGCUGUUGUGUCGUCCCGCCCCGGCCAGAGCGGCCGCGUGGACGGAUACAUCCUGGAGGGUGAUGAGCUGGCUUUCUACCAGCGUGCUAUCCGCAAGUAA